AAUCGGAGUAGGAGUAGGAGUAGGAAUCUCAACGGGUGGCGUCCAGGCAUAUAGCAUAUAGACAUAGGAGCAUAUCGACGGGAUCAGGCACAAUCAAAGUCGAGGCAAUGGAAGUGGGAGUGGAAGUAGAAGUGGAAGUGGAAGUGGGAAUGAAGGAUGAGUUGGAGUUCACAAGUAGCAGCAGUGAGGCAAGCAGCUCCGGCGAAACGGAUAGCGAAGAUAGCAGCACAUCCGAUCCAGAUGUCAAUGCCAAAGUGGCAACUGCUACAUGUCCAUCCGAUCAAACCGAUCUGCAGACAAGAACCUACAGUCUGCUGGCUGGAGACUCGGACAACGACAUGGAUGAGGUGGAUAUCUUCUGCGAGGAGGCCAUAUCCCUGCUGGCCCACGAGAUCCUUUGCUGCGAGUGCGAUAGUGAGUCUGAUUCGGAGUCGGAGUCGGAGGAGACGGGGACAGAAGGCGAGGAGGAGAAGGAUGACACCAAGGACAACAAGGGCAAGCUGAUGCCAAGCGGCAUCCUUGAGUGCGGGUUGCACAAUCCCUACCAGCUCAUGUUCAGCGAGGAGGACUACGACCAUCCCAAUGAGAUUAAGGAGGAAAAGGGGGAGGAGAGCUGGCCGAUCCUGCUGGACGGGGAUGAACAGAGCGAGGAGAAGCCCGAAUCAAAGGGGGCACUCUGAAAACUAACUCCACUUUAGCAUCUGCAGAAGAUUUUUACAUUUUUACUAAAAACGAGCUUCAAAUAAAAUUUGCUGGCAUAGCAAUCUUAUUCGUGAAGACCCUUUCAAAUGGCCAAAAUUGAUCGACACUCAGCAUUUAAGCAAUUCCUUAACAACUAAGUUAUUGAUCAAACCGAUCAUAGACCAUUAACAUUUAUGCAUUAAGCAAAUUAGCAAAAAUUGUUUUAUGUAC